AUGAAGCAGAGCAAGAAUCAAUUCCGACGGGCAAAGAAAAAGGCCCAAAAGGUCGAGGCUCUCGAUGGUGCUACUGCAGAGUCCAAAAAGGCUGCCCCGCAGGAAAACGCGCAGGAAACCGCUCCCAUAAAGCCAGUUACAUCCACCAUUGAUACUCUUCCAGAGGCCCCAGAGCUAGACAACCCACUAUGGAACAUGUACAAGGGUAUCAUCAACAAAUUUGAUGAUCCUACUGGGGAAUCGACCCAGGCACAUGCCAGACCCGAAGUAUUCUUCAAUGAUGACGAUGAUAUCCCAGACGAGGAACAGGAGAAUGAGGCAAAGAUCUCCAAGAAGAAGCGAAAGGAGUUGAACAAGCUAUCUGUGGCGGAGCUUAAACGCCUAGCUCGGAAACCUGAACUCGUCGAAUGGACUGAUACAUCUGCCAUGGACCCCAACUUGUUGAUCCAAAUCAAAGCACAAUGCAAUAUCGUUCCCGUCCCUUCGCAUUGGUCACUCAAGAGAGAAUAUCUUUCGUCGAAGCGAGGAAUUGAAAAGGCACAGUUUGCUCUACCAAAGUUCAUUCAAGAAACUGGAAUAGCCGAGAUGCGCGACGCUGCGUUAGAAAAACAAGAGCAGUCGAGUCUGAAACAGAAGCAAAGAGAAAGAGUGCAGCCGAAAAUGGGACGGUUGGAUAUCGAUUAUCAGAAGCUUUACGAAGCAUUUUUCCGCUUUCAGGAGAAGCCGGAAUUGACCCGUUAUGGCGAGACCUACUAUGAGGGUAAAGAAUACGAAACUAACCUACGACACCUUCGUCCGGGAGAGCUGAGUGAUGAGUUGAGGGACGCCCUUGGCAUGGCCCCUGGAGCGGCCCCUCCCUGGCUCUUUAACCAGCAGACCCAUGGACCCCCUCCUUCAUAUCCAGCCCUCAGAAUUCCUGGAGUUAAUGCACCCCCUCCUCCGGGAGGAGCGUGGGGCUUCCACCCGGGUGGCUAUGGCAAACCUCCUACCAACGACCACAACCAACCCAAGUACGGAGGCGAUAUAUUUGGGGUUCUUCAACCUCAGCAGCGCUUGCAGCAAGGUGAACCUAUCGAAAAGGACCUCUGGGGCGAAUUACAGCCAUCUGAAGAAUCCGAAGAAGAAAGUGAAGAAGAGGAGGAAAGGGAGAGCGAAGAAGAAGCAGAGUCUGACGGGGAGCAUGGAGACAAUGAGCAGCGCUGGCCCAGUGCUCCGGAGACCUCGGGUCGAAUGGCUUCAGCAGAACCACCUGAGCUUUUGGGUGCCGAGAGUGUCUCUGGGGAAUUUGAUGCGCGAAAGCACCGAGCCAACAAGACCGAAGAGACUGUCCACCCUCGUCAAGCGUACCAAGUGAUCCCCGAGAGGCAAACCCGCAUACAAGGACGCUUUGGUUCAGACCGAGCUUAUGACUUGAGUGGAGAUCAAGGGCGGAAACGGAAGAAGCCUGGAGAUGUGGAUGUUUCGGUGGAUGUGGAUGCGAUCUCUGCUGGAGAGGGCAUGAGCAAAGAGAACCUUCAAAAGCUGUAUGAUACUCAACGACAGCAAGAAAGUAAUCCCCAAUGGGGGUUCCAGGAGGAUCUUAGCGAUAUGAUAGCUCAAGAAAGCCGCAAGCGAAUCCGGAAGGAUGAGGAAAAGCGUGGAAAGCAGUGA